AAGACAAGUCGCGACCUGACGACCCGACCUUCCUCUUCUCUCCCGCUGCCCUCCGCCGCCGACCCGCAGGGGAUCGUGGGGACGAUCGAUCGAGGAGGAGAGACCCAAACCCUAGCCACCCAGGCGCCACUCCCAUUGCCCCCUUCGCCAGCCAGCCAUGUCUGCGGCGCACCUCCUCCGCCACUCCCGCAAGCUGCGGACUCUACGUGAUGCUCUAGAUUAUGAUCGGUCUGCUCUUGUACGCUACUUCUCCGCUGCUUCUGCAUCCUUUCCCACAAAGGGAGGUGCUGCUGCUGGUGUUGAGAAAAGAAUUGGUGGCGCCAGAUUCCCUCAGUGCAAGCAGCCUGGGAAAGAGCUUGAGACCUUCAAGGUGUCACUAGGAGGACUAAAUGGAAGAUAUGCUUGUAGAAGAGCACCUAACAAUUGUAUCCCAACCACUAUUACCGGUCUCAACGGUUCAUUGUCAUGUGGACAGGUGUCUUCAGCAAGAUCUUUCUCAAGCAGUGCAGACCUGCCACCACAUCAGGAAAUUGGGAUGCCAUCACUCUCUCCUACAAUGACUGAGGGGAACAUUGCAAGGUGGCUGAAGAAGGAAGGAGAUAAGGUCUCACCUGGUGAAGUUCUCUGUGAGGUGGAGACGGAUAAAGCCACUGUAGAGAUGGAGUGCAUGGAAGAGGGCUAUCUCGCUAAGAUCAUUCAUGGAGAUGGUGCCAAAGAGAUCAAAGUUGGUGAGAUCAUUGCUGUAACUGUGGAAGAAGAGGGUGACCUUGAGAAGUUUAAGGAUUAUAAACCUUCAACUUCAGCUGCACCUGCAGCCCCUUCUGAACCGAAGGCUCAGCCUGAGCCUGCAGAGCCAAAGGUGAAGGAGACAGAGCCUUCCAGGACUCCUGAGCCGAAAGCCCCAAAGACUGAAGAAGCUUCUCAACCAGGGGGUCGAAUAUUCUCCAGCCCUCUUGCAAGAAAAUUGGCAGAAGAUAACAAUGUUCCACUGUCAAGCGUAAUGGGAACUGGUCCUGAUGGGCGAAUUUUGAAGGCGGACAUUGAAGAUUACUUGGCUUCUGUAGCAAAGGGUGGCAAAAGGGAAGCUCUUGCGGCUCCAGGGUUAAGUUACACUGAUGUUCCUAAUACUCAGAUAAGAAAGGUUACUGCAAACCGCCUGCUAAGCUCUAAACAAACUAUUCCUCAUUAUUACUUGACAGUUGACGCCCGUGUUGAUAAUCUUAUCAAGUUGCGAGGGGAACUGAAUCCGUUGCAAGAGUCAUCUGGCGGUAAGAAGAUAUCUAUUAACGAUCUUGUUAUAAAGGCUGCAGCUCUGGCUCUUCGAAAGGUCCCUCAGUGUAAUAGCUCGUGGAUGAGUGAUUUUAUCCGCCAAUACCACAACGUGAACAUCAAUGUUGCUGUACAGACUGAGCAUGGGUUGUUUGUUCCAGUAAUUAGGGAUGCAGACAAGAAGGGACUUGGUACAAUUGCUGAGGAGGUGAAGCAGGUGGCUCAAAGAGCAAGGGAUAACAGCUUAAAACCUGAAGAUUAUGAGGGAGGCACAUUCACCAUAUCAAACCUAGGAGGUCCUUUCGGAAUCAAACAAUUCUGUGCCAUCAUAAAUCCUCCUCAGUCAGCAAUCUUGGCCAUUGGUACUGCUGAGAAGAGGGUGAUACCUGGCAGCGUAGACGGCCAGUAUGAGUUUGGUUCCUUCAUGUCGGCAACAAUGAGCUGUGAUCACAGGGUUAUUGAUGGUGCUAUCGGCGCAGAAUUUCUGAAAGCAUUCAAGGGCUAUAUCGAGAAUCCAAACUCAAUGUUACUGUGAAGUUAAAGAUCAGCAAAACUAUUCUUCUCAUGUGCUCGAAUAACGCAGAGUGGUGCUAUCUCAUUUUGUAUAAUACCGGCACGGUGUUCUGUCAAGGAGGACCCGAAAACCAAGAGCACAUAACCAUAGACAGAAUGACCUGGUUUUUGGAUUAAAAGCUUUUUCUGUUUAUCUUUUUUUUUUUUGUUUGUUUGUUUCGUUCCAGUUAUAGUGGGAAUUAGGAGGAUCAACUUACAAGCAUUUUUAGCACCUUUUUGUGGGUUUACCCUCGGCAAGUGUGAUAACUGGAGAGAGUAAAUUCCCGGGAAACAAUGCAGUAUAGCCUGUAUACGAUUUGUCCCUUUUCUUUUUCCCCUUCAUAGUGCAAAACCAAGAGGCGCAGAAGGAUCUUUCGGAAUAAAUUGGCAAUCUUGGGGAGUAUGGCUUAUACUGUUUCUUAAGCUUUUGUGUAGAGAAGUAGAUUAUUGGUCAUAAUAAAUCAUGCAUUUGCUUAUUUCACAUACAUGUUUGAUGUGCUGGUUUAAUUUUGGGCCUUUAAUGGAGUACAAUAAAACAAAAGGAAGCUUGUUAAGAAA